AUGCCGCCUUUAUCAUUUGAGAAGAAAUUCGGACUUAAUACCCAGCAGACUGGGCUCCAGAUUAUUCCGAUAGUCAUCGGAUGCAUAUUUGGAGAGCAGGUCAGUGGCCCGAUGUCUGACUACUUCAUGAAGGUCUAUCGGAAGCGCAGAGGUCAUGUGUGUCCCACGGACCGCCUCUGGCUGACGUAUAUUGGCUUCUUCACCAUCAUCGCUGGGCUCUUGGUCUGGGGAUUCCAGCUUGAAAAAGCGAAAACUUGGAAUCUACUCCAUGCUUGGAAAUUGUAG